UGCACUCUGGAGGUGCCCAUUUUUCCUUUGGCUGUAGAGGCAGCCAGAAGGGACCUGGAUAUCUGACUUCAGAUGCUAAAAGAAGAGGUAAAAACAAUCCCCCCCGGAGUUGUUCUGGAGGCAAGAUAGGGAAGAGUUGUCUGCUUUUGUGAUGUAUUGCCACUUUCUGAUUCCCUUUUUAAAGGCUUGAAAUGCAGGGCAGAUUUCUUAAGCUGAGAAGGCACAUUUCUGGAGAAUCCAACUGUAUUGUCAGUGUGAACUGAAGGGAGUUGAGUCGGCCAAAGAAAGUCCACAGGCUCUGGAUUGCUAAUGCCUGAAUCUGUGCUGAGAAGAAAGGAGCUGGUUUUUUCUGUAUAAAAUCUUCUGCUGUUCCUAAUGAAUAUUGUUGCCCAUCCUUCCUGCUCCAACCUCUGCUUCCUUGGAUAACUUUCAUCUCUCAUCCUACCAGGAAUGGCAUGGCUCAACAGUUCGUUCUGUAGGACAUUGAGCUUGUGACUGUGAGCCUGACUCUCCCUGACUCAAAGGAAGGAAGCCAGCAGGAAAACUGACAAGUGGCUAAAGCCACAGCCUAAGAUGCGAGAAAAACAUUUCCCAUGUGAUUGCAUGUUUACCCAGUGACUUCAGAAGUGCCACAAAGUCUUGAUGUUUUGGCUCACUGUAGGCUGUUUUGGAGCGACCUGGGCACACUGGCGACUCAGCUGUAUCACACUGAACCAGGCCUUGCGGUGCAGAUAUCUACUUUGCUGUGCCGGAGAAGGGAGGAAGACAGUUUUUGAAGAUCGAUGUAUUAAAGAUUGAGGCACUGACUGGGUGGCAGGUACCCAGAUAUGUAAAGGGGGAGACCAACUCCAGCAGAAGGAAGUGGGAGUCUUUUUGCUGGCCAUACAGUAGGACAGGAAAGCCUGUUUAUGAAGUCUGAGCGAAUUGUUCCCUGUGUGUGAUGCUGAGUUCUUUGGGCUGUGGUCACGCCUGUAACAACAACCGGAUGUGGCAAAACCCAAAAGCAUGAAACAUCCCUGUUUGUCGCAGAAAGUACUGCGCAGACCCCAGGAGAUCUGAUGCUGAGCCCCAGGAGUGUGACGCAGGGGCUGUAAGGAUGUACUCUUUUGUUUAUUCUCAAGCUUGAACAGACCUGGUAUCUAAGGAUCCAACCUUACAACUCCAGAGGAUAAUGCAAGCAGUGCUCCUGUGGAAACACAUCCCAAGAAUCCUAUGAACAGACUGGCUCGAAGGGCUUGGGGAAGUUGUUUGUCGAUGGAAAAAUCUAGCCAGUCGUUUCAGCUGCUGGUUAUUUUGGAAUAGUUUUCUUCUACACUGCCUUUGCCCUUGAAUUGCCAGUAUUUUUUGAAGGCUUAAACACCAUUUUAUUAAAAACAAAACAGUACACACAGGAAAAAAAACAAGACCCUUGAAUGAACUAUGGUGUUUGCCUGAAACUGCAUUUUCUUCUUUUUUACCAUUUUGCUCAGAGUAUUGGAAAUGUUGAAUGUUAGUGCAAAACUGGUCUCCAGUUUUCUGGCUGGGAUGAUGAGCUGUGGAGGCGAUUAUUCCCCCCCACUAGUUGCGGAUGCUGGAGGAUAUAGAUAAGCCACUGCCAUUUGACGGUGGCAUUCAUUUAAAGGUCUCUCUGCAAUUGCCCAUUCCAGCCUGCGAUGCAUCUGUGUUUUCAUCCCCCAUAGAGCAGCAAGGCACGGCUGUGCUGUUGGAUCAACCUGCUCUAAGUCUCACAGAAGUCAGUGCUGAGAUGGGAUUAGACUUUGGGAUGCCUGGUCCCACCACAUCCUCUCCUGAGUCUCAGCGUCCCUGGAAAGCUGCUGCCACCGUGGGCAUGCAGUCCUUGGGUAGCUGCUCUGAUCUUGGCAAUCGAGGCAGUAACAGCCAAUCUCCCUAUUUGCAGAGUGGAUCAUUAAUUUUCAGUGAGUGCUAUACAGUGCUGCAGGAUAUAGGAUUUCCAAUUCUAGUUCAUUUCUAGUGAGGGUGUGUACUUGUGCCCUCAAAGGGUAAAAGUUGUUUUAAGUGUUGUCAAAUAAUGAGUCAUCUCUGAUUAAUGUUUGACUGUGCAGGCAGCAGGCACUAGGACCUCUGGGAUGCUGCAUCUGCAGCCCUUACCAGAAGAGAAAUCAGGAAAUAACGCAGUCGCUCUUUCUGGGAGCAUGCCCUUGACAGUAAAGCUUUGCUGCUCCAUAUGAAAGAGAAUUUACUCUCCAGGAAUUCAGGAAUCUGAGUCCAGGAUUAGCUGUGAGCCACCCUGAGACAUCAUUGCCCUGUAUGGACAUUGCUGGGAGGUAGCAGCAGGAGAGGACAGGGAGUCCCUGAUGCGCUGACGGCUGACCAUGUCUGGGAAACACUGGCCCCCUGGGACGCAGUGCGUCGCCAAGCACGACCACACCAAGCCCAAGGCCCAGGAGCUGGCCUUCCGCAAGGGCGACGUGGUCACCAUCAUCGAGGCCGUGGAGGGCAAGGGCUGCUACCGUGCCAGACACAAUGAGACGGGACAGGAGGGGCUGCUGGCGGCCAGCGCGCUGCGGGAGCGCGGUGCCAUCCGCGUCGACCCCAAGCUCAGCCUCAUGCCCUGGUUCCAUGGGAAGAUCUCGGGGGUGCAGGCGGUGCAGGAGCUGCAGCCCCCUGAGGACGGGCUGUUCCUGGUGCGUGAGUCUGUCCGGCACCCCGGUGACUACGUGCUGUGUGUGAGCUUCGGCAAGGAGGUGAUCCACUACCGCGUGGUGCAUGAGGAGAACACACUCAGCAUCGAUAGCCAGCAGUACUUCUCCAACCUCAUUGACAUGAUCGAGCACUACAUGAAGGAGCAGGGAGCCAUCUGCACCAAGCUGGUGAAGCCCAAACCGAAAACCGGGAUGAAGUCAGCCGAGGAGGAGUUGGCGAAAGCUGGUUGGUUGCUGAACCUGCAGCACCUCACCCUGGGAGACCGCAUCGGGCAAGGCGAGUUCGGAGAUGUCCUGCAGGGCGAGUAUAUGGGGCAGAAGGUGGCUGUGAAGAACAUCAAGUGCGACGUGACCGCCCAGGCCUUCCUUGCCGAAACGGCUGCCAUGACGAAGGUCCGGCACAAAAACCUGGUGUGUUUGCUUGGUGUGAUCCUGCACAACGGCCUCUACAUUGUCAUGGAGUUCAUGAGCAAGGGCAACCUGGUGAACUUCUUGCGCACACGGGGCCGGGCGCUUGUCCCAACCCAGCAGCUCCUCCUGUUUGCUCUGGACGUGGCUCAGGGCAUGGACUACCUGGAGUCCAAGAAGCUGGUGCACAGGGACCUGGCUGCCCGCAACAUCCUCAUCUCUGAGGAGAACGUGGCCAAAGUGAGCGAUUUCGGCUUGGCGCGGGUCAAUCCCAAGGGUGCGGACACCACUUUGCUGCCCGUGAAGUGGUCGGCCCCGGAGGCCCUGAAACACAAUAAAUUCUCCUCCAAGUCGGACGUGUGGAGCUAUGGGAUCCUCCUGUGGGAAACCUUCUCCUUCGGACGGGCGCCAUACCCCAAACUGAGCCUGAAGGAGGUGAUGGAGCUGCUGGAGCAGGGUUACCGCAUGGAGCCCCCCGAGGGCUGCCUGCCCGCCGUCUAUGCCCUGAUGAAGAGCUGCUGGGAGCUGGAGCCGGGCAAGCGGCCAUCCUUCAAGAAAAUCACAGAGAAGCUGCAGAAGGAGCUGAAGCACCUCAGGGAUGUUUAACCCCUGUCCUGUUCCUGGGAUCCAUGGCCAGAAGCCCCCCCCGGACCCGCCGGGGUUGUGAGCGGCAUGGCAAAGGGUGGACCAUGGCACCGCUCUCUCCCUGUGGAGAUGGGGCAGCAUUUGGGGGGGGUCUCUCCUACAA